GAGUGAACGAACACAUCCGAGACGAGUUGCAGGAUAACUUUCUUCAAAACAACGUGCGCUGAUCAUCACCGACUGUAUAAAAAUAAGUUUGUGUCUGUCGUUGGAUGUGUUGUAGCUUUAAUAAUAAUGAGUCACGAUGAACCUAUGAUGGUGGACAGUGAGGCUGACACUGGACCUGAUUGGCCAGGAAGAUGGAAUCAUGUAAAAAAAUUCCUGGAAAGAACCGGUCCAUUUGCACAUUGUGAUUUUGAAGCAAGUCCUGAUAUUUUGAAUUUCCUUUUGAACACAUGCAGAAUCCUAGUAAUUGGUGCUGGAGGACUUGGAUGCGAGAUCCUGAAAGACUUGGCUCUUUGUGGAUUUAGACAAAUUGAGGUCAUCGAUAUGGACACCAUUGACCUUUCUAACCUCAACAGGCAGUUUUUAUUCAGACUAAAGGACAUAGGUCAGCCAAAAGCAACAGUAGCUGCAGAAUUCAUCAACAAACGUGUACCAGGGUGUGAGGUCAAACCGCAUUUUAACAAAAUACAAGACUUUGAUGAAACAUUCUAUCAAAAAUUCCACAUUGUUGUGUGUGGCUUGGAUUCGAUAAUUGCCAGACGGUGGAUAAAUGGGAUGCUAUUGAGCUUGUUAAGAUAUGAAGACGGUGUACUGGAUCAAAGUUCAUUAAUACCGAUGAUUGACGGAGGCACGGAGGGCUUCAAAGGAAAUGCACGUGUCAUCUUACCUGGGAUGACGCCUUGUGUUGAAUGUACAUUAGAUCUGUACCCUCCACAGAUCAAUUUUCCAAUGUGUACUAUAGCUCAUACACCAAGGUUACCAGAACAUUGUAUAGAAUAUGUUAAAGUUUUGUUGUGGCCACAGGAAAAACCCUUUGAAGGUGUGGGGAUUGAUGGAGAUGACCCUGCUCAUGUUCAGUGGAUAUUUGAGAAAGCUCAGCAGAGAGCCGAUGAGUACAACAUUCAAGGGGUUACCUAUCGAUUAACACAAGGAGUUGUAAAGAGGAUCAUUCCAGCGGUCGCAUCAACAAAUGCAGUGAUCGCUGCCCAGUGUGUUACAGAAGUUUUCAAGGUGGCAAGUAGUUGUUGUAACCCACUGAAUAACUACAUGGUGUUUAAUGAUACGGAUGGACUGUACACAUACACGUUUGAAGCAGAGAAGAAAGAAGAUUGUCUGGCUUGCAGUCAGGUUCCCCAGAAUAUUGUCGUUCCUGAAGAUGCGACAUUGCAAACAGUAAUUGACUAUUUAUGUGAAAAUCAACAAUUACAAAUGAAAUCUCCUAAUUUAACAACAACUAUGAAUGGCAAGAAUAAAACACUGUACAUGCAAAGUAUUGAGUCUAUCCGCAAGCGUACAAAGGAAAAUCUACCGAAGAAAUUAACAGAUCUUGGUUUAACGAAUGGACAAGAAAUUGUAGUAUCUGAUCAGACCACACCUACCUCAAUGAUAUUUGUUAUCAAAUUUGAGACAAAAUCCUGAACUCCUAUAUUUCAGUAUUAUUCGGAUAUUAGUGCAGCUGAUACACUCCUAAUUAGUGUAUUCAUAUGGCAUAUUUAAAAUGCAUUAGCCGUGGAUUGCCCUAUACUAUAUCAGUGAUAUACCGUGAUCAAGAUGCAAUUUUUCACAACCUUGCACUGUCCCUUUCAUAACAUUACAAAGGUAACCAUCGUCUGCUCGCUUAUUCGUCAUUUGUAGACAUAGAAUUUACACCCUCUUUGAUCAAAAGAGUAAGUGUAAUGCACAUAUAUAACACUAAGGGUAAUAUGCUCCUAUUAAUAAAUGAUGUGCAUUUUCUAGAAAAAAAAAAAAAAGAAAGAACUAGCUGUAUAAACAUUAUUAAGAAAACAGUUUAAUAUUUUGUUGUGUUAUGUCACAAUUAAAAUUGUAUGGUAAUACCAGCUGGAUUUGCCAAU